AUGCCUCCAAAGAGGAAGAACGAUGCCGUCAUUAAGGUUGAAGAUGUUGGGAUGGAGGUGGAUGCUAUAGACAGUGGAAGUGAAGAUGAAGCCAGGAGGAGAGCUAAAAACAGAAGAGCACAACGUAAAGCCAAACGAGUCAGCGAUGACGAGGAGGAUGAUGAGGAUGAGGAUGAGGCACCAAGGAAAAGAGGACGAAAGAAGAAGGCCAAACCCCGGGACAGCGAUGAAGACGACGAGGAGGACAGUCGGAGUGUGAAAAGCAAGGGCUCAAAAGCCUCCAGGAGGAAAGCCGCGAAGGAGGAGAGCGAUGAGGAGAGCGAGGAAGACCGGCAGAAGAGGAAAAAACGAGGCAAAGCGGAGUCCAAACAGGAGAAAGACGAAAAGAAUAAGGAGAAGAAGGGAAAUGUUAAAGGGAAAGAAGGGAUGAAGGAUAAAGGUGGUGAAAAGGACAAGAAAAAGAAGAAUGGGAAGAUGAGCAGCUCUUCUUCUUCCUCUGAUUCUGACGGAGAAUCGCUGUCGGAGGGAGAGAUCGAAGCCCUAAAGGAGCAGGUUGAGGAGAAGAAGAAGGUGAUCGCCACAUUAAGGAACCAACCCUGGCGCAUGAAGAGGAGGCUCGUAGUGCUCAAGGAGGCUCAGGAGUUCGUCGAAAAAUUUGAAGGAGCUCUUGGGAAAGGGAGAGGCAGGAAGCUGUAUGCAUUCAAAGUCAUGAUGGCGAAGAAACUUAUCAAGUUUAAACGUGACUUUGAUAACUUCAAAACAGCCUGUAUACCAUGGGAGAGGAAGAUCAAGGAAGUAGAAAGUCACUUCGGAUCAUCUGUUGCAUCCUACUUUAUUUUUCUGAGGUGGAUGUACGGUCUGAAUCUGGUCCUGUUUGGAUUCAUGUUUGGCUUGGUGAUGCUGCCUGAGAUUCUGAUGGGUCUUCCCUAUGGCUCCAUUCCCAGGAAAACUGUGCCCCGAGAGGAGCAGGACACAGCCAUGGACUACUCUGUGCUCUUUGACUUUGGAGGGUACUGCAAGUACUCCUUUUUGUUCUACGGGUACUACAACAAUGAGCCAACAGUCGGGGUCCUAAAGUUCAGGCUCCCGCUGUCGUACCUGCUGGUGGGAGUUGGCAUCUUUGGAUACAGUCUGAUGGUUGUCAUAAGAACGAUGGCACGUAAUGCAAAUGAAGGAGGAGAUGGGGCGGAGGAGGGAGAGUUCACCUUCAGCUGGAAGAUGUUCACCAGCUGGGACUACCUGAUUGGAAACCCUGAGACUGCAGACAAUAAGUAUGCCUCCAUCACCACCAGCUUCAAGGAAUCCAUAGUGGAUGAGCAGGAGAACCAGAAAGAUGAGAACAUCCAUCUGCGCCGGUUCCUCAGGGUUCUGGCAAACUUUCUGAUCACGUCUUGCCUCGGGGGCAGCGGAUACCUCAUCUACUUUGUGGUGAAGCGUUCUCAGGAUUUUGCCGAUAUGAAUAAAGAAAAUCUCUCGUGGUUUGAAAAGAACGAGGUGGAGUUUGUGAUGUCUCUGCUGGGGCUGGUGUGUCCUCCUCUGUUUGAAACCAUCGCAGAACUGGAGGAUUAUCACCCUCGUAUCGCCCUCAAGUGGCAGCUGGGACGAAUCUUUGCCCUUUUCCUGGGAAACCUUUACACCUUCCUCUUCGCCCUGUUUGAUGAGGUUACUGCCAAGUUGGAGAGCGAGAAGGCAAUCAAGAAUUCCACUGAAUGGGCUUUCAAUGAGUACUACACCAACUACAGCUCCUACUUCAACACGACAGAUGUGCCUCCUCCAGCUGUGCACCCAGCAGAUGUCAUCAGAGGACCCUGCUGGGAGACCGCAGUGGGAAUAGAGUUUGUGAAGCUGAUUGUGUCGGACAUUCAGGUGACCUAUUUGACCAUCCUGAUUGGUGACUUUGUGCGAGCUGUCAUUGUUCGCUUCCUGAACUACUGCUGGUGCUGGGACCUGGAGGCUGGAUUUCCUUCAUACGGAGAGUUUGACAUCAGUGGCAAUGUGUUGGGGCUCAUCUUCAAUCAAGGGAUGAUAUGGAUGGGAGCAUUUUACGCUCCAGGUCUGGUGGGUCUGAACGUUUUGCGUCUCCUGAGCUCGAUGUACUACCAGUGCUGGGCAGUGAUGUGCUGCAACGUUCCCCAUGAGCGAGUCUUCAAAGCCUCACGGUCCAAUAACUUCUACAUGGGCCUGUUGCUGCUCGUGCUGUUCCUCAGCCUGCUGCCUGUCGUCUACACUAUCAUGACGUUGUCGCCGUCCUUCGACUGUGGGCCUUUCAGUGGCCAGGAGAAGAUGUAUGACGUGAUCAUGGAGACUAUAGAAAAGGAUCUGCCAUCUUUCAUAGGCAACAUUUUUGUGUAUGCCACCAACCCUGGACUCAUCCUGCCUGCUGUCCUCCUCAUGGUGUUGGCCAUCUACUACCUGAAUGCAGUGUCGAAGGGAUACCAACAAGCAAAUAUGGACCUUAAAAGGAAGAUGCAAAUGGCUCGAGACGAGGAGAAGAACCGCAGGAACAACAAAGACAGCACUAAUCAAGUGAUGAAAGACCUGGAGGACCUGCUGCCAAACAAGUCACUAAUACCGCCUCCUACAGAGGAAGAGCCGCCUCCACCUGUUGAGAAAGGCAGCAAAUCCCCCAAAAUGAAGCCAGGUACAGCAGGAAAAGGGGUUAAUCUGCAAAAGGAUGUGUCACUGGCUGCCCCAAACCCCAGAGCUCCUGUGACCCGCGCCCCAGGACCAAGAAGAGGGCCUCCUGGGAGAGCCGGUGGGCCUCAGCCUGGGCCUGGGAGAGGAAGAGGGCGAGGUGGGCCUCCAAGGCACUAA